GAAUUCCGGUUCAAACCAGUUUGGAAGCCCGGUGGACAAGGAGAGAAGCCACGCGGUUUGAACAUUGUCUUCGCAGUAAAUGGUUGUUUCCGUGUAGGGUUGUGACAUUUUAUAACCAUGAGUUAUGGAAGAGGGCCUCCAGCUAUUGAGGGAAUGAGUUCCCUCAAAGUUGAUAACUUAACAUACAGAACAACACCUGAAGAUCUGAGAAGAGCAUUCGAGAAAUAUGGCGACGUAGGAGAUGUGUACAUCCCUCGUGACCGAUUUACGCGGGAAAGCAGAGGGUUUGCCUUUGUUCGAUUCUAUGAUAAGCGUGAUGCUGAAGAUGCAAUGGACUCAAUGGAUGGAGCAAUUAUGGAUGGCAGAGAAAUACGUGUGCAAAUGGCACGCUAUGGCAGACCAGUAGAUCCUUACAGGCGCGCUCCUCAAAGCCGCCAUAGCCGACGCUCAAGAUACAGCAGGUCCAGAUCGCGAUCAAGAUCACGCUCAGGAAGACGAAGAAGACGGUCUAGUGGGUCAAGAAGCCGAUCAAGGAGUCGUUCAUACAGUCGCAGCAGAAGCCGUAGCAGGAGUCGCAGCAAAAGCCGUAGCAGGAGUCGCAGCAAAAGCCGUAGUAGAAGUCGCAGCAAGAGCAGGAGCAGAAGUAAGAGCAGGAGUAGAAGCAAUGAAAAACAACGGUCGAGGUCUCCUUCAUGUGCAAGAUCUGCUGGAUCAGGUGGUUCAGCAAAAGAAAAUGGAACAGAUGAGAGGAACUGAGCUGUAGCAGCAGCAAGGGACUCCGGUGCCAUGAUGCGGCCAUUCCAGUUCCUCGAAUAAACCUAGCCCGUGAUAAUGUGUCCUUUGCAGAAUUGUCAAAAAGGUUAUUGUCUCUUCUGAACAUUUCAUUGACAUUGAGACUGAUCAGUAAUGCAAAUUUCAAGGACAAAUUAAUUGAAAUUGUCUUGAAUUUAGUAUAUUUUUAGUGCAAUUGACAAUUUAGAGACAUAAUGAUAAGGAUAUGACACUCAUUACUAUAGAAGUCUUUUUCACUUCAUUGAUAUGAUCAUUGUGUAUUUUUGUCGCAUGUAACAUUUUGCAUUUAGAUGGUAUCAAUUUUAGUACAUUUUACCAUUCAAUAAAUUUCACUACCUGUAUUAACAAUGCUUUUUCUCAUUUCCCCAUGCUAUAGGAGCGGUAAAGGGGUAAUAAAUGCAGUGCAGUAAUGUUAGCUGUGUGGUAUGCUGAGUGUCUACCGGGCGGGCAGUCAGUCGCAGUGGCUGAGUGGCUGGUUGAUGCUGCUGCUGUCGGUUCCUGCAGAGUAGCUGGUGGACUAACAGCAGAGCUGAUACUGCUGAUCUAAAUGCUGACCGUGAUGCAGUUCCAGAAACACCACAAAAUUGUUUGGCUUUACAAAUCAGUUCACCUUGUAGAUGUAGGGUAUACUUUGUGGAUAUAGGGUUUUUUACUUUUUAUACCAGAUAUUAGAAUGUUAUAUGCUGUUUUGUAAAUGAUUUAUAUUUAUUAAAAUAAGUCAUUUAGAUAAUCUGAUUAAACAUAAAGCUAAUGGUAGUAAUUUUUGUUAAUGAAGAUUAUAGGUUCUCAUAGCGUGUGAGGUUUUGUUAGAAUAUACUGUAUAAUUUUGUGAAGGGUUUUAAGUCAAGAUGAACUGAUUUGUCUUCUAAAUUUUGUAAAAGAUCAGUAGUCAUUGUUUUGACUACUGAAUUUAACUUUAAUUUUCCUUUGGUUACUUGGGUGAAGACAGUGGGCACAUUCUUAAGAAACAUUUUUUCAAAUCUUAAUUGAGUAAUCCCAUGUUAACUGGGUAUCAGGGUUUUGUUUUUUUGUAUAAUCCAAGAACUAACAUUGUAAUGUCUGAAACAAUGUAUGUAAAGGCUAUAUAAAACAAACUGCAGUGAACCCUGUAAAAUGAAAUUAACAACUUCCUUUUUGGUAUGUGUAUCGAGCUCCCAGAAAUGAAUGUAUUUAUGUACAGUCACAUGUAAUUUUGGCUCAGUUAGCUCUGCUUUCAGUUGACUUUGGGUAACAUUACUGAUAAUUCAACCAGGGGAGAUGUUUAUUUUGAGUAAAUGAUGAAACAAAUGAUCUCAACAGUCAAGUUCUCGUGGUUCCAGAGCUGGUUGGUAUGAAUCUUAUUACCAAUAUGUAACUUGGGAUAGCCAUGCUUUGAAAGAAUAGCUAUGAUUAGCGAAAAAAUUCUGCCUCCAGAUGCGUGGACCAAAUUUUAUUGCUCACUCCUUCCCAUCCAUAUGAAAAUGGUCUUCAGUGAUGUGAAAAAUGACAAAAGCGAAAUCAAAAUAUUUCAAACUAAGGAAAAGAGACCUGCAUUGUUAAAAAAAAAAAGUCCUCAAGUGUUUAUAAAUGAAAAAAAAACAGGUUUAUGGUGUGUAGGCAGUGAACACCAUUCCAUUUUUUAAAAAUUGUGGGCUUUUCCAGGUUGCAUCUUUAUCUUGUUCUUGAUGUAUGCAGCAUCCCAGGAGAGGUAAGGUCACGUUUGUUUUGCAGUUCAGGGCAAAUGAAGACGGAUUGCAACAUUCUCCAAGUGAAAUCGGAAUAAAAUCAAAAACUU